CUCAGCCCAUCACUCAGAGUCCGGGUGCGAGGGCAGACAGACCCACCAUGAGCAGCCUCCUCCCCCACCUCUGCUCACCAUGCGGACCCUGAGAUGGACCUUGUUCCUGCCCGUGUGCCUGUCUUGCGGCUACGCCUUUAUGUUUUCUUCUCUGAGGGAGAACGUCAAAGAACCCCCCGGGAAGGUGCCCUGCGGAGGGCACUUCCGGAUUAGGCAGAACCUGCCAGAGCACGCCCCAGGCUGGCUCGUCAGCAAGUGGCUCUGGUUCUUUUUUAUUGUUGUGCUGUAUGUAAUCCUCAAGUUUCGAAGAGAUAGUGAGAAGAGUAAGGAAAAGACCCCUCCUGGCCCUCGAGGCUCUUCGGCUCGGGCUGCACCGAAGAAGAACCAGUGUGCUUCCCCCAGCAAAAACUACGCGAUCCACACCUUAAACCAACUCGAGAUGGACCUCGUGCAGCUCAUGUCCAAGGUGCGGAAUCUGAAAGUCGCCGUGGUAACUGCCAGCGACCACAAGGCUCAGAACUUGGAGAGGUCUGUGGGCCCACAUAGCAAUGUUACCAUCUAUGAAAUAUGGGGCGAAGAAGGGUGCCAAUGAAUGGAUUUGUGUGUCCAAGUAGGACAGGAGAGUCGAGGUUAGACACGCCAUAUGCAAACUAAUAAAACUGUUCUGAAGAAAAAUCUCAAAUCUGAGAUGUUUUUCCCCUCUUUGGUUAAACCUGAAAAAAUAAAUGUGAGACCAGUAGCCGUGGCCGUGGCCAUUGA